UCAUCGUCUAGUCUUCGACGCAAAACAACGGAAAAGCGACAACCACCGCAGCCGUCGCCAUGCCUACCCGAACCUCGAAGACCCGCAAGCACCGCGGCCACGUCUCGCACGGCCACGGUCGCGUCGGCAAGCACCGCAAGCAUCCCGGUGGUCGCGGUCUGGCUGGUGGCCAGCACCACCACCGCACCAACAUGGACAAGUACCACCCGGGUUACUUCGGUAAGGUUGGUAUGCGGUAUUUCCACAAGCAGCAGAACCACUUCUGGAAGCCCGUCAUCAACCUGGACAAGCUCUGGUCCCUCGUCCCCUCCGAGACCCGUGACGCCUACGUCUCUGGCCAGAAGAAGGACACCGUCCCCGUCCUCGACCUCCUGCCCCUCGGCUACUCCAAGGUCCUCGGCAAGGGCCGCCUGCCCGAAAUCCCCCUGGUCGUCCGCGCGAGAUGGGUCAGCAAGCUGGCGGAGCAGAAGAUCACGGAGGCCGGUGGCGUCGUCGAGCUGGUCGCGUAAACGUCUUUCUCUCGUCCUUCUCCAGGGAGAGGGAAGAGAUAACGCGUGUGUGUAAACGAAUGCAUCAACAAAGCGGAGCCAAAAAAGCAAAACAACCAUGUUGAGAGCCAACGCACCGAGGAAAGAUGACGACGACGGAUGAGAGACCGGGAGACGGAGUCGGGGACUUUUACUAUUGCUUGCGGGGAAACAAUUGGGAGCCGGGUUUUUCUCAACGGGCGGGGAAAAAAGGGAGCGGAGGGACCCCCCCUCCGUUCCUCCCCAUUCCGCGUAUACACCCGCCAAAAGGCGUGCACUGGCAGGGGAUGGGGGUCCGGUCGGUUUCGAGCAUUGCAUCAGGGACUCUUGAGACGGGAGUUUUGACGAAUAAAAUCAUUUUCGCCCA